AUGGAGUUGUCGUCCGGGGAAGAUGGUUUAACAGAUGAGAAGAUAGAAACAGGAAUGGCAGAAAGCAGUAAGCCAGAAGUGGAGCUUUUGCUGGGCCAAUUCACAUCAUGGAUCCCAUUCCAGAGCUCAGCGCUACAGAUGUCUUUGGAGUUGGACGACUUCCGUCGUGCAAUUGAGCGAUUGGAAGGAUGGGUAGGAAAGUUAGAUACUGAUGUGAUGGACCAGAUGGUUGAUCUGAAUUUCCUGUAUUUAUUCGUCACGAAUUACGCCUACAGCAACAGGACGAAUGAUGAUGCAACUUCUUCAUCAUCCUCAUCAUCCCGUAGCAGUAGGGAAAAAAUGGAAGAAGCCCUGUUCAUCAAAGCUAAGGAGUUGGAGAUUUCUAUUCACAGUGCUUUCGUUAAUGGAAAGCUUUCCAAGUCCCUGAAUGUUAUUUUGGCCAGUUUGAACCAGCAGAUUGAUGUUCUUAAAGCAGACAUGCGGGAAGCUUACCGAUAUCGUGGUGCUGGUGGCUCCUCGUCCUCUUUGUCCAUCCAAUCAUUAAUCCGUGCUCAACCGGCCAUGCUCACAACUUGCUGGAAAUUCUUUUGUACCUCUCUACAGGAGAGUACUCAGUAUUUGCUCUUCUCCAUCCCUUAUUCCUUGGGUAGCGAUCCACUGAGAACGGGAAUGUCUGACCUAAGAGGGAGUGUGGUGUUUCUUUGCCAGAUUUCUCUAUCUUUGUAUCCUAGGUAUAAUGCGUCAGCUUGGACAGAGAAUAUGAUGAUUCAUAUUACUGAACUUCUUCUCCAGGUUGCCGAUUUUUGUUGCUUCUGCUGGUGUAAUACACAUUAUGCACCACUGGGUCAAGGUCAAGGAAUAGAACAGGAUGUGGUUACUUGGUUAACAAAGCUACUCCCUCAAGUGGAUCUUGUGGAGUUCCUAGACCUGUCAGUAGGAAUGCUAAAUGACGCUGGGGAAUAUUUGAACAGCUCUACAUCUGUUUACCUUGAUUAUGUCAAGGCGAUGGAUUUUGGUGAAAUGAGAAUCCUUCAGGAUGAGAUUCUAUCCUUAUUGUUCCGUGUCAAUAAAAUCCCGGAGAAUCACUACAAUGAUAUACAUCAGAUUUUAGUAGGUGUUAAAGAUGUGGUUCUGGAAGCCACAACUCUGCAAAGAAGAAGCAGAACACAUAAAGGUCAUGUUGCUAUUCUGUUGGCAAAGAUUUGGUCUCUUCAGGCUUAUAUAUCCGUCAAAACAACAAGCUUUAUGCGACCCCUAGUAGAAAAUGGUGGGUAUGAAGCUCUAAGACGAUUUCUUACUCGAACAGAUGCAAAAUCGGUGCUUGAACAUCAGAUAUUGAUGGCUCCAAGAGAUGAAGAAUCAAUUGUAGGUCAGAUAUUGAUGGUCACUGAAAGAGUUCUGAAUCAGGUAAAUCGGCUUGAUCAAUUCAGGUCCUCGAAGACUAUCAACGUCAACCAUAUACAUCUCCAGCUUCAAGUACAAGUAGCUCUAUUGAUGGCAAAGACUCUUUUCUUGGAGUUACUAAAGAUGGAUGCAAGUCCGUUUCCCCCCUUGAAGCACAAAAUUGAAACUCUUCAAGCGCCACUCUUUUUCGUUACAGAUGUCGUGACUAUUAAGACAACGGAUGAGAUUACCGAGGAUGAGUUGCUGAUGUUGGUAGAAAUGCAUGUAGUGGCUUCUAGAGUAAUAUCUUUCUGUGAUACAUUCACACUUGACAAUCUCACCGUAGAAAGAGUCAAGGAUAUGGAUGUUCUGCUUCUUGACUUGUUACAGAAAGUUCGUAACUUCAUGCCAAAGCUCAAGGGGCUUUAUCUUCAAAUGCCCAGCUUUAAUCUCCCAAAGACUCUUGGGUCAUGUUCCCUGGAAUAUCUGUUACGAAAUCUAAGAGAUCUGCUUCCUUAUAAGGAUUUCGUCUAUUGGAGUUGGAUCACCACGGUGUCGAAAACCACCUUCAACGAUGAGGGUAAUUUUGGAGCGUAUGAACUUCAUCUGAUUGAAAACAUAUGCACUGAGUUGGAGUCCAUAAUAUCUGCAUUUGGAGAUUCUUUUCAGCAGGGCUUUGAGGAACAAGGAUUCGAAGAUCUUCAUACACAGCUUAAUGAUGCGGCAUAUCUGGCAGAGUACAUGAUUGACAUGAUGGUGCUUAGAGAUGGCGACAUGCGGGAAUGCUUGGUAGGGCUUGAACAUCUGUCAGAACAGAUUAAACGCAUCAAACUGCUGCUUGAUGAGUUCCACAAUGGUUGCAUUUAUGAGUGUGAAGGCCGAAACAAUCCUCAGAGAUUGGUGGCUUUCAAAUCACAUGUUACUCAAGCGACAACUGUGGAAGCAAUGGUUGGCCUCAAUGAUCAGAAAAACAAGAUAAUCGAUCAACUUACUCGAGGUGUAAAGCGAGACGUUGUCUCCAUUACUGGAAUGGCAGGCAUCGGUAAGACCACAAUGGCUAUGGAUGUGUUUUGCAGUCCAAGAGUUAUGCAUCACUUCUAUAUCAGAGCGUGGUUUGUUGUUUCACAAACAUAUACAAAGAGAGAUUUGCUGCUUGGUAUUUUAAGCCACAUAAUUAGUAUCACCGACAGUACCCUUGCCAUGAGUGAUGAUGAUUUGCAGCUAACCUUGUAUAGAAAAUUAAAGCAGACAAGAUACCUCAUUGUUUUGGACGAUGUGUGGGAUACAAAGGCAUGGGAAGAUCUGCAGCUAGCAUUCCCGAAUGACUCCAAUGGAAGCAGAAUUUUGAUCACUAGUCGUCUCGAGGAUGUGGUUUCCAAAAUUAGUUAUCCAAAUCCUCUUCCUCUACUUUCUGAGGAGGAAAGCUGGCAGUUGCUUAAGUUAAAGAUAUUCCCAAAAGAAGACUGUCCAGAAAAUCUGUUGGAAGUUGGGCAGGAAAUAUCCAAAAAUUGCAAGGGACUACCUCUUUCUAUUGGUGCAAUAGCGGGACUUCUUCGUAGUACAAAAAAGAAUCAUGCUUUGUGGAGACAGAUUGCUCAGACUGUAAGCUCACAUGUCAUUAAUGAUCCAGAAACGCGGUGCAAGGAAAUCCUUGAAUUGAGCUACAGACAUUUACCUCAUCACCUCAAAGCUUGCUUCCUUUAUUUUGGAGCAUUUCCAGAGGAUAAGGAUAUUUUAGUACGGAAAUUACGCUGGUUGUGGAUCGCAGAAGGAUUUGUAGGUGAAGUUGAGUCUAAAAGCGCCGAGGAUCUUGCUGAGGAAUACUUCAUGGAUUUGGUUGGUAGAAAUCUUGUUAUGGUGGCCAAACGAAGGUCAAAUGGAAAGGUGAAAACAUGCAGAGUUCACGAUGUGGUACGUGAUUUGUGCUUGAUGAAAGCUACCGAGGAGAACUUUUGGCAGCUUAUAUCUGCUCAGCAGGAACCCUACACUUCCUUUGAUGGUAUAGAUUCUGAUUUUUAUGAAGAAUUUUACAGUUCUUCAGAUUCCACGACAUACAAAGCGUAUCGACUGUGCUUUUAUGUGCACCGAGAACACUUUGCUGUGUCGAAGCCUUCUGGUCCAUUUGCUCGAUCUCUACUGUACAUUGCUACAGCUGAUACAUAUCCAAGAUGCCCCUAUGAUGUAGCCUUCGUCUUUAACAACUUUAAGCGUCUAGGGGUAUUGGAUUUGGAAUCCAUCAAUAUGGGUAGUUCCAUUGGAGAUGAAAUUGGAAUGCUUCUUCUUUUGAGAUACUUAGCAGUUUGUGGUGAUAUGGAAUAUGUUCCGCCAUCUUUGUGCAAACUACAAUAUCUUGAAACUUUAGUAAUUAAGGGUUUGAAGAAGAAGGUCAAGCUACCAGACAGCGUUUGGGGAAUGAAAAAGUUGAGGCAUGUACACAUAACUAAUCGUGCCAUCUUCACUUUGCUGGAUCCAAUAUAUGGAAGUCCCUCUCGAUUACACAACUUGGUAUCACUCUCAAUUCUAACUUUCAGGUGUUGGGAAUCAACUGAUGACAUGAUCAUGAUGUUUCCCAACCUCCGAAAAUUGGGAUGUGUGGUUUUAGACCCUCAAGAUGUCUCCAUGAAUUUCUCUAUCUUUCCUGCCUGGGAUUUGCUCUCUCAGUUGGAAUCACUCAAGGUAUCAUACUUUGGCAAGGUUAGAAAGAGUGGUAAUCUGAAGUUUCCCUCAAGUUUAAAGAAGUUGACACUAUCAACCUUCUGCCUCUCCAUGAAUAAUAUGUCAGCAAUAGGGAGACUAGGGAACCUGGAGGUCCUGAAAUUGAUGUCUUGUGCCUUUGAGGAGUCAAGUUGGGACAUGAAGGAAAAGGAGUUCAACAAACUCAAAUACUUGGAAUUAGACAACCUAAACAUAGUCCACUGGAAUGCUUGUAGUGAUCAUCUGCCCGAGCUCCAGCAGCUUGUUCUGCGUAAUUGCAAACAGCUAGAGGAAGUCCCUUUCGACUUUGCCUGCAUCUCAACAUUGGAGAAGAUUGAAGUUCAGCUGUGCAGAUCCUCUGUGAAUGAGUCAGUCAGAAACAUUGAGGAACAAUUUGAGGGGCUCAAGAUAGUUAUCAAUAACUCAUAUUCAGCUUAAAGACCCUUGCGGAUACCUCCUCAUCUUUACAAGUAAGUGAUUCAUACGGUGUUGAUAAGUAUUUACAGUAAUGUUUGCAAUUGUCUUCUGAAAGUGUUCCAACAUGUCCAAAAGCUGUUGAAAAUUUACAAGCUGUUGAAAUCGAAUCUUCAGUUUGAAAACUUCGAAUCAUAUGUUGAAUAAACCAAACACAUAAAACAUAACAAGAUUGCAGAGGACUCAAAUUUUUUUUUGCAGAUUUUAUUCGGUUCCAUACUGUGUGAUUUAAUACAAUCUCUUAAUUGAAGUUAUGUUUAAGCGAGAAAAUUAAUAUGUUAUUUUGGCGGCUUUUCUGUCCAAAAUAUACAGGUGCGAACAAGGUGUUUGUUAAUUUGACUGAUAGAAGUCACAAAUCA